AUGGACCGUUGGUGCGGUAAGACAGCGGUGGUGACAGGAGCGAGUGCAGGGAUUGGCGCCGCCAUAUGCGUUUCGCUAGCUGAUGCAGGCAUUCGUGUCGUUGGGCUUGCCAGACGUGCAGAACUAAUUGACACAUUAAACUCAAAAGUGCGUGGCUCAGGAACAGUAGUAUCAAGAAAGUGCGAUGUAUCUAACGCGAGAGAUAUGUCGGACACUUUCAAGUGGAUCGAGGAUACCUUCGGUGGUGUUCACAUCAUGAUCAACAAUGCAGGGGUUUUUCAUAGUGGCGACGUCACCGAUGCUGGUAACGACAUACUAAGCGAAGAUGCCGUUCUGUCCACGGUAGACAUCAACGUGAAAGGCACUAUAUUGGGCUCGCGUCACGCUGCCCACUCUAUGAAGAGCCACGGCAUCGACGGACACAUCAUCAAUAUUAGCAGUACCGUCGGCCACUAUAUUCCGCGUGCUACGUUCAACGUGUACCCAUGCACUAAGUACGCAGUCAGAGCAUUUACCAGCAGCCUUCUCAACGAGUUUGCAAGUCACAAAUGCAGAAUUAAAGUUACUAACCUGUCUCCGGGAUUGGUGAUGACAGAUUUGAAAGGCGUAGCUCCCAUUCUCGGUGAAUACCCAUCACUCGAACCGGCAGAUAUAGUCGACGCAAUUCUUUAUGUGUUGUCAACGCCACCUCGUGUUAAUAUCGAGGAGCUGACCAUUACUUCCGUCACAGGAAGAAUAGUAUAG